GCAGGGAGAAGACACAGCUACAGACGAGUUGAGGUUAGAAGUAGAAGUUACCUUAUUUGAGCACAAGUGUGUUAAGAUGUCAAAGGGAGUCUAUGAAAUGCCAGAUGGAUUUGAAGACGAUGAGCCUGAUGCAAUGAAGAACACAGACAUUGAUGGCCAAUUAUAUUCCAACGUAGGAGCCUUCAAACCCAGUCCAAGAGAUGGAGUUGUUGCUUCAGAGCCUGAUAGCUCAGUGAAGAGACCCUUCCUAGUUGCUGCAGUGUGUCUGGGGCUGCUGUGUGUUCUACUCGCUGGGAUCAUAGGCCUGUCUGUCUACUAUAACAGAGCCAUCAAAGAUUCUGAGGAUAAAAGGAACAGCUUGUCACAUAGUUGUUCCCUUUAUAAGACUAACGCAACAGCAGAGAGAGACCAACUACAGACCAGAUACAACAACCUGACUGAAGAGAGAGACCAGCUACAGUCCAGAUACAACAACCUGACUAAAGAGAAAGGCCAUAUUCAGGCAAAGCUUUUUGUGAUAGAGCAGCAUUUUCAGGAGGGAUGGAGAUACUUUGACUCCAGUUUGUACUUCCUCUCUACUGAGACUAAAACCUGGGAGGAGAGCAGACAGGACUGUCAGGAGAGAGGAGCAGACCUGGUGAUCAUAAACAGCAGAGAGGUACUGGACGGGAGGACAGCCUGA